GAGAGGAGAGAAUCAAAACUGAAUCUCCCGACGAAGCAAUAGUAAUUUGACUCGCAAUCAAAUUCUUCCGCUUUCCAAUUCUCUGUCCUUCCUUGGAAACCAGUUCGAGAUUUCAGGCACGUAUGAAGGCAACCCGCAUCGUUAUCCUAUAUAAACACACAGACAGUCACCCUUCAUUUUCUCACAGAGGCCCAUAACGUCUCUUCGUUUUCACUUGCUUGAUUGCUUCCUUUUCUUCACUUUUGUUGUGUAGUGCCUGUACGUGUCCCUUUCACCUGUAGAAAAAUCACUUCUUUACAAAAAAGGUACUGAUCAUGGCUUGUGUCACUGACACUGUCGAUUCAGGCCGUCGACCCACUCGACCCAAAUACGUCCCACGGCAUUUCAGAGCCUACGACAAUGGCUCUGCCUCUUUUGCGUUUUCGAAUGAGUCAGCUCGAAAUGGGCCGAGUUACGGUCGUGGGCGUGGGCGUGGGCGUGGGUGGAACCACGUAAGAGAACCCUUUAACCAGAAUCAAAGCAGGGUAGACCCGUUUGGCGAUUUAUCUGAGAAAUUUUACGAGCUGGAGGUUAAUGAAGAAAGUAUCACAAAUGGGUCAUCCGACACUGCAAUCAACUUCGAUGCAUAUGAGGAUAUCCCAGUGGAGGCGAGUGGUACGGACGUUCCUUCACCGGUGAAUACAUUUGCUGAUAUAGACCUUGGAGAUGCUUUGAACCGAAAUAUAAAGCUUUGCAAGUAUGUGAAGCCCACUCCAAUCCAGCGCCAUGCGAUACCCAUAGCGGUCGCCGGGCGUGACUUGAUGGCAUGCGCUCAGACCGGGUCUGGUAAGACCGCCGCGUUCUGCUUUCCUAUCAUCAGCGGGAUUCUGAAGAACCAGGGUGUAGCGUCGGGUCGUUGGAACCGGGUUGCAUACCCGACUGCUCUCAUUUUGUCACCGACCAGAGAACUCGCCAGUCAGAUACACGACGAGGCUAAGAAGUUUGCUUAUGAAACUGGGAUUAAGAUUGCUGUUGUUUACGGAGGAGCACCCAUCGUGCAGCAGUGUCGCAAACUACAGAAAGGUGUUGACAUCUUGGUUGCUGCCCCUGGGCGCUUAAUCGAUAUGGUUGAGAGAGGAAAAAUAUCUCUUAAAAUGGUCAAAUACUUGGCUUUAGACGAGGCCGACAGAAUGUUGGAUAUGGGUUUUGAGCCUCAGAUCCGGAAAAUUGUCCAGCAAAUGGGCAUGCCUCCCCCUGGUUCAAGGCAGACAUUGCUUUUCAGUGCCACAUUUCCUGAUGAAAUUCAGAGGCUUGCAUCUGAUUUUCUAUCAAACUACAUAUUUCUGACUGUCGGAAGGGUUGGUUCAAGUACUGAUUUGAUUGCACAAAAGGUUGAAUUGGUUCAGGAUCUAGACAAAAGAACCCAUCUUAUAGAACUUCUUCAUACCGAAAGGGCAAAUGGGAUCAGUGGCAAGGCUUUAACACUUGUUUUUGUGAAGACAAAGAAGGGAGCUGAUUCUCUUGAGCAUUGGCUAUCGAAGAAUGGUCUUCCAGCAAUAGCAAUUCAUGGUGAUAAGAUUCAAAUUGAGAGGGAACGUGCUUUGAGAUCAUUCAAGAGUGGUGUGACUCCAAUUCUGGUGGCUACGGAUGUUGCUUCAAGAGGUCUAGAUAUUCCUCAUGUUGCUCAUGUGAUCAAUUUUGACUUACCCCAAGACAUAGAUGGCUAUGUCCACAGGAUUGGUCGAACUGGUCGUGCUGGUAAAUCAGGCAUGGCAACUGCAUUCUUCUCUGAGAAGAAUAUGGCACUAGCAAAGGCACUGGCAGAGCUGAUGAAGGAAUCGAAUCAAGAAGUUCCUUCUUGGCUUACUGAAUAUGCUGCCAGUCCAUACUAUGGUGGAGGCAGCAGUCAAUCCAAGCGACAUGGGGGAUAUGGUGGCAGCUCAUUUGGUGGCUAUGAUUUUCGAGCUGAGAAUCAAUACAAUUCAUACACAUACACUGAACCAGAGUCUUUUGCUGUUGAUUCCUCCAGCACUUAUGGCGGCUAUGCUACUCCUGCCAAUUAUAAUUACGCUACAGACCAUUAUGAUGCUGCUAACGUCGAAUAUGAUCCUUAUGCUUCAGGUAAAAAUGGGGAUGGUUUUGGUCACGAAUCUGUGGUUGGUACUGGCUUGGAGUAGGCAUAUUCGUCUUCAUGACUCUCUGGUUCCUAUUCUCCUAGGCAUUAGUUUAAGAUACAAAUAGUUGGCUAAAGGCGCUGGUUUUGAUUAUAUGGGGGGAGAGAUGAUUUGUUUGUAAGCCCCACAUUUUGUAGCCUGGUUAAAUGACCUUUGAAUGGAGACUCUUUUUAGUUAAAUUAAUUAUGAAAAUUGAAUUGAAGUUAUAUGGAUUUGAGGAGGAUUGGCUCUACAUGGAACCUGAUAGAAAAGUUAUAUUUAUAUGUCAUUAAUUCUGGGUUCAUAUAAAGUAUUAUUUACU